GAACUAUCCCUUUAAAUGUGCUAUUAUUAUUAUUAGCCUAUUAUUUAUUCACUUCUUUUGAAGAUUUAAUAAAGUGUACUACACUUGUGUAUUUUAUUCUCUUCAGUCUACCUUAUUGUCUGGCAGAUGAUUAUCUUGAAUGGACUUUUAUUACGUUAUCUAAUAAAGUUUAUGAUAGGUCAGUGUCUAAAUCGUCAUUCAGUGUGCUUAUUUACUUCAUUUUGCGUGUGUGUCAACAGAGGAACAGUCACACAAUAGUUAAUAAUUUUAGAGGAGUAAAGGGAUUAACAAAACUCAGGCAUUUCAAGAAUUUUUUCAAUUCUUUAAAGAUCAAAGGUCCGUUAUCCACCACAUGAGGUCGACACUGGUAAAAAUAACUUUAUAAACUGAAGGUACAAAAUAUGCAAAAGAGUAUGUGCUAUAAAUCUUAAUCCAAUAUUUUUUCUGGAUUAAACACUUUUAAAAGACAUCAAAAAAGACAUGAACAAACUUUAAAUGAAACCAGUGAAGUGUAUAAUGAGAAUUGGCUAUAGAGAGCACAAGAAGUGAGUGAGUCGUCGCUUGAGUGCGCAGGUGGAUGAUGAAUGUUUGCGCACAAUAGCGCGUCUGUGUCGGCCGCAGGUAUCUGCUGCUAGUGCUGCCGCUGGACUCAGGUACUGUAACACGAUACCCACCCAUGUGAUCAACGACGACUGUUUAGGAAGAAGAAACCUCUUUGAACAGCUCAGCGAUCACUCAACGCAUCAGUAAAUACCAGAAGACUGUCUUUGGAAGAAGGUCGUAACGGAUAAUGGUUUAUACUAUGCGCGUUAUGAAUAAGAGAGUGCGUGUUGCGUGUUGGCUUGAGUUGAUAUAGUGACUAACACCGGUAAGGUGAGGCGGAAGCAACCUGUGACCGCAUAGGCACUGGAUCUGUUUAUGAAUUCACAUAAACUAUUCGGAUAACAUCGUGGAUUGAAGGUUGGCACAAAGCUCGCCAGAUACGGAUAAGACUAUUUUACUCUUUUGAUCUCGGACAUGAUUUAUUGACCCCUGACUCCACCCUACCCAGAACAUCAGGCUCCUCUGGUUGAGGGUAGGGGUACAGAGAUGAUACGGCAGGUUGGGCUAUUGGCAGCGAGUUUUCUACUGCUGCUUCCCAGGAAUGUGUUGGGCCAGGUUGCAGAGAAUAACACAAUGUCUACUAGCACUACAACUACAACUACAGCUCCCAACUCACACCACAUUGUAGCCAUUGUAGUGCCGACUGUGGUCCUGGGACUUCUGGCUAUAUUGACGGGUGGGCUGUUGUUUCUCUUCUUCGUGGUGAGGAAGAAACGGCAGACGGAGGGGACGUAUCAACCCAGCGCUGAGGAGCAGUCAGGAGCCCGCAGUGUGGAGAUACCAAACGCCCUCAAAUUACCCAAAGAAGAGAGACUGAUAUGACUCGGUUCUGGUUCAUGAUCACACCGAAGCACGUGAUAAUAUGAACCUAUUCAAAACGAUGAAAGAGAAAACAUUAACUAAGCACCUUUACUGAGACACAGGGUCAGGAUUUAACCCCGUGUUAUGGAUAAACCAACUAUGACCACUCGGAUAAAAUCCACAAUCAGAAGAAAGCAACGUAUUUUACAAUGCAUAUUAAUAAACAGAUGAAGCUGCUGCAUGCAUUGCACGAGGAAAAGACUACACAUGCUGGAACUAUGCAUGAAGGCAUUUUUCUCAAAAUGGACUUUGGAUAAUAGGAUAAAUGACUUUUGUUGACAGAUCUACUUGACAUUUCAUUCUGGUUACACAGGAGUUUUUAAAAAGAUACAAAUUAGGGGUGCGCCUAUAAAUUGGCCGAUAGUGCUUGCUAUGCUUCUCGAAUUACGGUGAAAUGCCGCUACAUCCAAAAGCCAGGGGGCGCUCUCGUGCAGACACUCAAUAUGCGCUGCAGGCGAAGAACCAGAUACACGCAGCUCCAGGAAAUGGCUUAAGGAUAUAUUUAUAUUGCUGUUCUUCAAACCUUUUCAGGUAUUUUCAUGAUAAUAAAGAAUAUGUAUAAUGAUUAUGUUUGAGGAGUGUUGCUUUUUCAAAUGCAUGUUAUAAACGACUCAAACAAACAGCGAUUUCAGAUCGAAAAUUACUUGCUGAUCAAAAGCUGUAGUACCUGAAAUAGCUGUGAAUAAUAUCGGCUGUGCGAUUCAGAAUAGUUAUCGGCCACGUAUUAUUAGUGUAUAUCGACAUUUAUCGGUGCACCCCUAAUACAAAUGUCUUAAUUUGUCAGUAGGAUGUGUUUAUGAUCAUAACUGCAUUUACAAAUUUGGCAAACACACCCAAAGGUGUAUAACAUCAUAUUCAAACAUUAUAUUAGUCAAUGCAUUUUCUGGGAAUUGAACCUGUUAUGCUGGUGUUGCCAGCGCCAUGCUCAACCAGUAGAUCUGGUUUGUUUGUCAAAACCACUAUGAUAUGAAUUACAUUUCGGGUAAUUUAUCUCAGUUAUAUUUAUAUAAGCAAUUAAUCUAAUACUAAUUGUCCAUAAAUGUGAUCAAUGCAACUGAGAUUUAUACAUUUCAGAAAUUAUAUUGGGUUGCACAAGGAGACAGUGUUGCUUAAUACUGUCUCACAAACUCACAAUGCCUUGUGAAUGAUUUCUGUAAUGUCGCCCUCUAGUGGUUGCUCAAUAUAUAAGGCAAUAACGUUAUCUUCAUUUUUUGAUAAGCAAACACAAUAGCAACAAUUAUACAUCAUUCUGUAUUGAUUUUAAUCAAGUUAACCUGCAAAACAAAGCAUUUUAGAUGUAACAUCAGCCUUUAUUCAGAUUGACAUCGAAAGAUACACAAUUCACACAUCUGAAGUCAUCAUGUACAAAUAAAUGUGGGAAAGAUUUUAUGGUGUGCAUUCACAACAUUCAGAAACACAAAAUGUUCACACGAUUCAUUAAAAUGUCACUUGUUUUCAAUG